AUUGUUUCGUGUUUAACCUUGGGUUUUCUCUGAGAAAUAAAGCCGCCACUAACGUCACUACUCUCCGGCCGAUAUUCAUCUCCGGCGACUGUAUAUUUUUCUGCAGCUCAUCUAAAGUCAACUUUCUUGAACUCUUGUGGAAGACUGUUUUUAGCAUAAGUCAUGGUGGGCUGGCAUCGUCAUGUAUCGUCUAUACUUCGACAGGCUGGCAAAAGACUGGAAAACAGCUGUUCCCCUCAUGCCAAUUUUUCCACUUCUCCGUUGAAGUUCUCUCCUGUCCAAGGCUUGCCAACUCAUUUACACGGCCUUUGGAUUCCGUCUACAAAUGUCUCAAGACCUUUAUAUCACUGUUUCCAACAAUUGGGGUUUAUUAGUACAAGAAGAUUACUUUCAUCUGAUGCAACCCCGGGUCCGUCUCCGUUGACACCAACAUUGGCUAUAGGCAGUGGGCAAGCUGAAGCUGAGAAAGCUGUCGUUAAACCUUCAAAAGUCCAAGCAAUUCUCAAAAGCAUAAAACAGAGUCCGAAGAAGGUGAACUUGGUUGCUACGUUAGUCCGUGGCAUGCGUGUUGAGGAUGCAUUAUUGCAGUUGCAGUUGACAGUAAAACGUGCAUCAAAAACCGUCUACCAGGUUAUUCAUUCAGCCCGUGCAAAUGCCACACACAAUCAUGGAUUUGAUGCAGAUCGGCUUAUUGUUGCCGAAGCAUUCGUUGGCAAGGGAUUGUUCAAGAAACGUGUAUCGUAUCAUGCGAAAGGAAGAAGUGGAGUAAGAGUGAGGCCUGAAUGUAGACUGACAGUUGUACUACGAGAAAUAACGCCAGAAGAGGAAGCAGAAAUUGCUAGACUGAAAGUCAACAAUUUUAUAAAACUGACUAAGCGAGAAAGGCGGCUUGUUCCUCAUAAGCUUAUUGAGACGACCCCGAUUUGGAACCGCAAAGGUAAAGCCAGGAAUCAUGGAGAUGAUGAAGCAGGUGCUAUGGCUGUAUGAGAUUCAUCAUUGAUCUCAUGAAGAAUAACAUGUUACAUGUUUAAGACAUUAGUUUAUGUUUUCAUGUUUUGAAUUUAAGACAUUAGUUUAUGUUUUCAUGCUUUGAAUCUUGUGAUUUUGUUGGUGGUUAAAGUGAGGAAUUUUGAACUUAUGGUGUUAGAUUUGAAUGAUGGGUGAAGUUUAAUGGUUGAAUUUGAAUAAUGAGAAAUCA